GUGCCUGGGCUACCUGCGCCGUCGGUGUCGCGGUUGGAGAGACCGCCGCUAAGACGAAGGCAGCGGUCGGGCUGAGAGGCAGGCGAAGUGCAGCUAAUUUUUAAGGUGAGAUGAAAGCCUUCCAUGCGCUGUGUAUUGUCUUCUUGGUGUUUGGAAGUGUCUCUGAAGCCAAGUUUGAUGACUUUGAAGAUGAGGACGACAUCGUGGAGUAUGAUGAUAAUGACUUUGCAGAGUUUGAGGAUGUUGUGGAAGAUUCUGUUACUGAAUCUCCACAACAGUUGAUCACCACUGAGGAUGAUGAAGAUGAGACCACAGUGGAGUUGGAAGGGCAGGAUGAAAAUCAAGAAGGAGAUUUUGAAGAUGCAGACACCCAGGAGGGAGAUACUGAGAGUGAGCCAUAUGAUGACGAAGAAUUUGAAGGUUACGAAGACAAACCAGAUACUUCGUCCAGCAAAAAUAAGGACCCGAUAACAAUUGUUGAUGUUCCUGCCCACCUCCAAAACAGUUGGGAGAGUUAUUAUCUAGAAAUUUUGAUGGUGACUGGUCUGCUCGCCUAUAUUAUGAACUAUAUCAUUGGGAAGAAUAAAAACAGCCGCCUUGCUCAGGCCUGGUUUAACACUCAUCGGGAGCUUUUGGAGAGCAACUUCACCUUAGUAGGGGAUGAUGGAACUAACAAAGAAGCCACCAGCACAGGAAAGCUGAACCAGGAGAAUGAGCACAUCUAUAACCUGUGGUGUUCUGGUCGAGUGUGCUGUGAGGGCAUGCUUAUCCAGCUGAGAUUCCUCAAGAGACAAGACUUACUGAAUGUUCUAGCUCGGAUGAUGAGGCCAGUGAGUGAUCAAGUGCAAAUAAAAGUAACCAUGAAUGAUGAAGACAUGGAUACAUAUGUAUUUGCUGUUGGCACGCGAAAGGCUUUGGUGCGACUACAGAAGGAGAUGCAGGAUCUGAGUGAAUUUUGUAGUGAUAAACCUAAGUCUGGAGCAAAAUACGGACUGCCAGACUCUUUGGCCAUCCUGUCAGAGAUGGGAGAAGUCACAGAGGGAAUGAUGGACACAAAGAUGGUUCACUUUCUUACACACUAUGCUGACAAGAUUGAAUCUGUUCAUUUUUCAGACCAGUUCUCUGGUCCAAAAAUUAUGCAAGAGGAAGGUCAGCCUUUGAAGCUACCUGACACUAAGCGGACAUUAUUGUUUACAUUUAAUGUGCCUGGCUCAGGUAACACUUACCCAAAGGACAUGGAGGCUUUGCUCCCCCUGAUGAACAUGGUGAUUUAUUCUAUUGAUAAAGCCAAAAAGUUCCGACUCAACAGAGAAGGCAAACAAAAAGCAGAUAAGAACCGAGCACGGGUGGAAGAGAACUUCCUGAAACUGACGCAUGUGCAGAGACAGGAAGCUGCACAGUCCCGUCGGGAGGAGAAGAAAAGAGCGGAGAAGGAGCGAAUCAUGAAUGAAGAAGAUCCUGAGAAACAGCGCAGGCUGGAAGAAGCUGCUUUGAGGCGUGAGCAAAAGAAGCUGGAGAAAAAGCAAAUGAAAAUGAAACAAAUCAAAGUGAAAGCCAUGUAGAAAAAUCCCAGAGAUCUGAGUCUUAUGCCACCUGUGAACUCUGAGUUUAUGGAAAACAAAAAAUCUGAGUCCAUCUCCUCUUAAAUUUCAGACACUCUUGGUAACUGGGAAGUCAUAUUUCAUCAUCUAUUCUGCUGUUGGUUGGAAGUUUUACAGAGGUUGUGCAUACAUUGAAAGGGCUCUAUUUCCAUAAUUUUCUUCUAGAUAAUCAAAUUAUUUUGAUUAUUUUAUAAAAGUGAUAUAUAAAAUGUGUAGUUUUAAAAUAUUUUAAAUUAUAACAUGAGUGAACAGUGCUUUUAGUACUUUAGUGUUUGAGAAAUAUGAAAUUUAUGGGUAGAUAAUUAGGUAGUUGCUUUUUGUUUAAACUAGGCAUUUGGAACAGCUAUGGCAAUGGACUCUUAAACCGAGAUUCCACAAAUAAUUAUUGGAAUUGCACAAUAAACAUUGCUUGGUGUUUUCUUCUGUGUCUACAUUACACUUGUGCAAAAGUAAAAUAACACUAUGGGUGAUGAAAUUUCAGGGACUCAAAACUAUAUAUUUCAUGGGUGGGGGGGCAGUGACAGUAUUAUAGGAAGUCUGCAGCUGUUAGGACAUGGAGUGUGCAUGGAAAAGCAGGGACAGGGAGUGGAGGAGCGCUUUUCUUCUUACCUGACAGCAGGAGCUAAUGACUGUGAAUGCUGUCUGCUAAGUAACCACUAUGUUUAUUUUUCUUGAGCAACAAAUGCAUGAAAAAUUCACUGCUUUGCCCAGCUCAGCAGUCAGAUCACUGGUCUGUGUGCGGUCACAUUUUUUCUCGGUUGCUGCAUCUUACUGAGUGCUCAUGGAGAAGCUGUGUUCUCUGUGUUAAGGCCGUGUACCUUUGCUUCUCCCUCUACUUUUCUCUCUUCUACUGUUGAGGCUAGGUAUGGUCUUUCAAUGAGAUAGCCAUAAUCAGGCAUAAACCCAAAAAAGUGAGCUUUCCUAAACUGUUGAGAGCUGUUUCUGCCUUUUGAGGAAGAAACUCUUGGGGGAGAGGCCCAUCUAACUGCACAAGCAUUUGUCUUGUUCAAAUCUUUGCAUUUUAUAAAUGCUUCUUACUAAGAAAGCAUUUUUUAGAUUACCGCUUGUACCAGGUGGUUUUUGUGGGAUUUGAAGGCGUUGGGCUUUUUAGUGGGUGUGGGGUGGUGGGGUUUUCUUCGUUGUUUUAUGUGCAAGUUUGUUCUGGGGCAAUAGCAAUGCGAUGCUGUGAAAACAGCAUGUGCUGCUGUCUUUGUAGCUGCAUGGGAACUUUCCACAUGCGUUUUCUCUAGGUUAAAACUGAAAUAUGUAAACUGGAAGAUGCAGAUGUAAUCAUUUUUAACAGUUCAUGAAUUUAAAUUAUUAUAAUGACAAAAAUAACACAAAAUUUAAUUAAAGCAGUAUAAUUCUAGAAUUAGGGUUGUUUUACAAACCUUUAAAAUACAUUUUAGAAAUCAGAGUUGAUAUGCUUAGCUCUUUUUUUGAGUAAUACAGGCUUCUUAAAGUCCCACACAUUUGGACCAUGGCAGCUAAUUUUGUAAUUUAAGCAUUCAUAUGAACUACCAAUGGACAUACAUUAAACUGAUUGACAAAA